CCAUAAAUUCCAAUAUUUUUUCUGCCCUUUUACAUAAAUUCUUCCAGUUUACUUAGACACGCCUUAAUUUCGCUCCUACCCGAAGAAGAGGUACUUGGAAUUCAGCAUUUCAUUCCAGCCAUGGCUUAUCGAACAUCCGAUCUAGCAGGCCAAGUCAAUCCGGUUCAUCAAUUUGACAGAGAAGCCCUCCGCCACUAUUUAUCUGAGCAUGUCACUGGCUUCCCUCAUUCUCCAACUCAGUUCUUCGUUUCUCAGUUUGGACAUGGUCAGUCAAACCCUACAUUUCUCAUGGAGGCCCAUUCAGGAGCUAAGGCGAUGAAAUACGUAUUGAGAAAGAAACCUCCUGGUGAACUGCUUCAAUCUGCUCAUGCAGUCGAGAGAGAAUAUGAGGUCCUAAAUGCAUUAGGCACUCAUACACAGGUGCCAGUUCCAAAAGUCUUCUGUUUGUGUACAGACUCAAGUGUGAUUGGAACACCAUUUUAUAUAAUGGAGUAUUUGGAAGGGCGUAUCUUUAUUGACCCUAAGCUCCCUGACCUAACACCUAAACUAAGGAAGAAGGUAUAUCAUGCAACUACCCAAGCUCUGGCCUCAAUUCAUUCAGUUGAUGUUGAUGCUAUUAGUAUAUCAAGUUAUGGAAAGCGGAAUGGCUACUGUAAGAGACAGGUGGAGAGAUGGGCCAAACAAUAUCUGUUAUCCACGGGUGUGGGCAAGUCUGAGAGAAACCAAAAAAUGUUAGAACUGGCUGACUGGUUGCGGGAACACAUUCCUUUGGAAGAUUCUUCUGGGGAAACUGCAGGUCUUGUUCAUGGAGACUUUCGAAUUGAUAAUCUUGUGUUCCAUCCCAUCGAGGACAAAGUCAUUGGGAUUCUUGAUUGGGAACUUUCAACACUGGGUAAUCAGAUGUGUGAUGUUGCUUACAGCUGCUUGAACUAUAUUGUCAAUACUUCAAUGUUGAUUAUGGAAGAGAAUGAUGGUUUUGAACUUGGAAGUUUCCCAGAAGGGAUUCCUUCUCUAGCCGAAUACCUGGCAGAUUAUUGUUCAACAGCUAGAAAACAGUGGCCUGUUGCACAAUGGAAAUUCUACAUGGCAUUUUCCUUAUUUCGUGGAGCAUCAGUAUAUGCGGGUGUUCAUAACAGAUGGCUCAUGGGUAUUGCUUCUGGAGGUGAACGUGCCAAAUUGGCCGGAGAGAUGGCUAAUUCUCUUAUUAAAAUUGCAUGGUCAUAUAUUAGCAGAGAAGAUGUUCUACCACCACAACCCCCACUUGGUAUAAUUGGAUUAAAUCAAACACAACAAUGCAACCAUGGAAGUCAAAAUGAUGUGUUCUUCAUGAGAGCUAAAGUUGUGCCUAAUACAAAAGUUCAAGAUUUGAGAGACAGAUUGAUCAAGUUCAUGGAACAUCACAUAUACCCAAGGGAAAAGGAAUUCUACAAACUGGCUCAGUCUACCAUGUGUUGGACAGUUCACCCAGACGAGGAGAAGUUAAAAGAACUGGCAAAAAUGGAAGGCCUCUGGAACUUGUUUAUACCUCUUGACAGUGCAGCUCGUGCCAGAAAACUUAUUUUUGGAGAAAAAAAUCAUGCUCCUUCUGAGAAGGGAUAUGAUUGCUUAUUGGGUGCAGGACUAUCCAAUCUGGAAUAUGGGUACCUCUGUGAACUAAUGGGUCGUUCGGUUUGGGCACCACAGGUUUUCAACUGUGGAGCACCUGAUACUGGAAAUAUGGAGGUAUUGCUUCGCUAUGGCAAUGCAGAACAGAUGAAGGACUGGCUUGUUCCUUUGCUUGAGGGAAAGAUACGAUCUGGAUUUGCAAUGACGGAACCACAAGUUGCCUCUUCAGAUGCAACCAAUAUACAAUGCUCCAUAAAAAGGUUUGGGGAUUCAUAUAUCAUUAAUGGAAAGAAGUGGUGGACUAGUGGGGCCAUGGAUCCAAGGUGCAAACUUCUCAUUGUUAUGGGGAAAACUGAUCCAACUGCUCCAUUGCAUAAGCAGCAGUCUAUGAUUUUAGUAGAUAUUAACACCCCAGGUAUAACAAUAAAGCGGCCACUGGCAGUGUUUGGUUUUGAUGAUGCACCACAUGGGCAUGCAGAAAUAUUGUUUGAGAAUGUACGUGUCUCAGACAAGAACAUUCUCCUUGGAGAGGGGCGUGGGUUUGAGAUUGCACAGGGGAGGCUGGGUCCGGGAAGACUGCAUCAUUGCAUGAGGUUAAUAGGUGCAGCUGAACGUGGCAUGCAAAUGAUGGUUCAGAGGGCUACUGAAAGAAUAACUUUUGGAAAAUUUAUCAUGGAACAUGGUUCAUUCCGGUCUGAUGUUGCUAGAUGCCGAAUAGAGCUGGAGAAAACCAGAUUGUUAGUUCUGGAAGCUGCUGACCAGCUUGAUAGGCUAGGUAACAAGGAGGCUCGUGGCACCAUAGCAAUGGCAAAGGUAGCCGCUCCCGAAAUGGCACUGAAGGUACUUGACAUGGCGAUUCAAGUGCACGGAGCUGCUGGGUUGUCAGGGGACACCGUUCUGGCACAUCUCUGGGCCUCGGCAAGGACGCUCAGGAUAGCCGAUGGUCCAGACGAAGUCCACUUAGGGACCAUUGCAAAGUUAGAGCUACGAAGACCCAAACUCUGAUACACAUCCUCCCCAAUCUCACUGUUGAAGACAGAUGCAAUAUUACUGGAGUAAAAAUAUUUUCAUUACUGAAGAACAUCACGGUUUAAAGCAUGUUUAUACUCUGUGUGAUAUUUAUAAGAAAAAUAAGUGUACUCCUUGAAAAUACAUGCAUUUCAAGGAUUAUAUGCAUUAAUAAAUGCCUUUCAAAUAAGGGUACGACUAAAUCCACCCCUUGAAUCACAAGGACCACUCUUUCUACCCAAAUCUGCUAAAUCCACUCUACAUUAUGGAAGAUGUCAAAUGUAUAAGAGAGGGAGUGUAUUUAGCGAAUUUGGAUGAAGGG